AUGAAUUCGGAUUCAGGAUCGAGCAGAUCUUCCUCACCGGACGUGGACGAGAUGUACUCGCGCAAACACGCGUCCGACGUGCGCCUCAGCUCCGGAUCAUCAGGGCAGAGCGAGUUCACCACCGAGAUGCUCAGCGAGCACUUAUCCCGGAGCUCUGGAGGCGACAGCAAGUACAAGCUAAAGAAGCAGGUGACCGAGGAGGAGAUCCAGCGACUGCGUCUGAAGAUCAACGGGCGUGAACGCAAGCGCAUGCAUGAUCUGAACCUGGCCAUGGACGGCCUGCGAGAGGUGAUGCCAUACGCGCACGGGCCAUCGGUGCGCAAACUGUCCAAGAUCGCCACGCUGCUGCUGGCAAGGAACUACAUCCUGAUGCUCAACAGCUCUCUGGAUGAAAUGAAGAGGCUGGUGGGUGAGAUCUACGGCGGAGGUCAUCACGCUGCCUUUCACUGCGGCGCAGGUGCGAGCCACGGUGCCGCGCACGUCCCGGGUCCUGUUGCGCCUCCGAUGCACCAUGCGCUGCUCGGGAGCGCGCUCGCACCUCCGGCUGCUCUGCCCACGCUCGGCUCCAUCCGAGCUCCACAUACCCUGAUGAAAACCCCACCGACACCUCCUCUCCAGGUUGGCGCUGGAUUCCAGCACUGGGCGGGCCUGCCGUGCCCUUGUGCCAUCUGCCAGGUGCCAGCACCCAGCGCACACGUGUCUAUUGCCUCCACGGGACUCACGAGACUUUCCUUAGACAAGGAUGCGAUGAAGUGA